AUAGGCAGCCUGGCCCGGCCUGCAUACCAGCCUUGCCAACAGCUGAACAAUGGAGGUCGCUAGCGAGAAGAUGGUCAACAGGGACGAGAUCACGGACGCCGCUCAGUCCAUGUUCGCCGGCGACUCCACCGACAUCCCCGAGAGUUACAUCAGGACGGACGAGGUCCUUGCCGCCGAAGUCGUCGGUGAGGACGAGGCCUACGAGCUGCCGGUCGUCGACAUGGCCAAGCUUCUUGACCCUGAUUCCUCGGCCAUGGAGACGGAGAAGCUCGGCCAUGCGUGCCGGCACUGGGGUUUCUUUCAGCUAACCAACCAUGGAGUCGACGAAGCAGUGGCGCAGCUUAUAAAGGACACCACCGUGCAGUUCUUCAGCCUGCCACUGGACGUCAAGAACAGAGUGGCAGUGCCGGAAGAAAGUGCUGGCAUUGAAGGAUAUGGCCACCACUACAGCAGGGGGCGAGGUGACAAAUUGGACUGGGCCGAGGGCCUGAUCCUCAUCACGCAGGCCAUGGCCCAUUACCACCCCUACCUGUGGCCCACCAACCCGCCCGCAUUUCGCGAUGCGCUCGCCACGUACUUAACGGAGAUGACAAAGCUCGCGAGGCGGCUGCUGGGAUUCAUGGCGGCCGACAUCGGAGACGAGGACGAGGAGCUCGUCGACGCCUUCACCGGGAAGCGGCAGAGCAUGGCGAUGCACUAUUACCCGUCGUGCCCCUGCCCGGACAAGGUGCUGGGCAUCACGCCGCACACCGACGGGCUGGGCCUGACGCUGCUGCUGCACCUGGACGACACGCCAGGCCUGCAGAUCAAGAAGGACGGCAGGUGGUACCCCGUACUGCCGCUGCCGGGCGCCUACCUCGUCAACGUCGGCGACAUCCUCGACGUCCUGACCAACGGCGCCUACCGGAGCGUCGAGCACCGGGUGAUCCCGGACGCCCGGAGGGGCCGCACCACCGUGGUCUUCGUGGAGGAGGGUACGGUGGGGGGGAUGGUCGCGCCGCUCCCGGGCCUCCUCAAGGAGCAGGAGCCGCGCUACAGGUCCAUCGAGCUCGACGAGUACGUCAAGGGCAUCCUCAAGGCGAUCCCCGAAGGGAUUCGGUUCGUGGACACUCUCAAGGUCUAGCAAGAGAUGCGUACGUCUGCCUGGAGAAUGUCGAUGGAAAACGGCGAGGGGCUUCGCGUCCCUGUCUCGUGUCCACUGUCCAGUUUAGUAUUAUGUGCUCGUGGAAAAAUAAAAGCACCUGGGGUCAGGUGUGUACUACAUGAACCGUCUUGUGUGUGUCAAAGUUUGCUUGCUGUUGCUAUCACCUAAACUUCGUUAUCUUGUUUAUUAUUAUGUCGAAUGUGUAUUGAUAUUAUACAUCAUCAAGUGAGUUUUUUUUGCUAUUUGGCCCUCA